CCUCUACGUGCAAGCAGUCAUGAGUCUACCCAAGUGAAAAAAGACGGUUUCCUGCUCCUAUCAAAACAAGAACGGGUGGAGGUAACGAUGCUCCUGAGCAGCCUGUGUCUGGCCCUCCUCCUCCCGGCCGUGGUGGAGGCUCAGUAUGAAACAUACAGCUUCAAACGUUUCCCCCAGAAGGAGCUCAUGCCGCUGGACUCUUCCUACAACUACGCGCUGGAGCAGUACGCGGCGGAGAACUGGGCAGAGAGCGUCAAGUUCCUGGAGCUCAGCCUGCGUCUCCGCCGGCUGCUGCGGGACAGCGAGACGCUCUGUAGCCGCAACUGCAGCUCCGUCGGCCGGGAUAACGCCACCCUGUUCUCCGACAGCAGCCUCCGCGUCGUGCGCCACAUCCUACUCAGAGCUGCGUGCCUGAAAAAGUGCAAGGCGGAUUUCCCGGUGUUCAAUCUCUCGUAUCCACACCGGGACCUACUGGAGACGUUCGAGAAGAGGGUCCCGUACCGGUACAUCCAGUACGCGCACUUCAAGCUCAACAACAUGGAGAAGGCCGUGUCGGCGGCUCACACCUUCCUGAAGAAGAACCCGACGGACCCCUACUUGAUGAAGAACAUGAAGCACUACAAGACUCUGCUGGACGUGGAAGAACAUCUCAUCGACCACGAGCAGCAGCCGUAUGAAAGUGCGUUCCUGAAGAGCGUGAAACUUUACAACAGCGGAGACUUCAGCAACAGCGCCCGAAAUAUGGAGCAGGCCAUCACACACUACUUUGAAAUAUACGGCCUCUGCUUGGCGGGCUGCGAGGGCUCGUACGAGAUCCUCGAGUUCAAAGACUUCUACCCCACCCUGGCAGAUCUCUACACAGACGCGUUGAAGUGUAAGGUGACGUGUGACCAGAACCUGACGCCCAGCGUCGGAGGCUUCUUCGUGGAGAAGUUUGUCGCCAACAUGUAUCACUACCUCCAGUUUUCCUAUUAUAAAUUGAACGAUGUAAAGAGCGCCGCCUCGUGUGCGGAAAGCUACAUGCUGUUUGACCGCAAGGACCAGGUGAUGCAGCAGAACAUAGCGUACUACCGCUUCCACCGCGAGGAGUGGGGACUCGAGGAAGUGGACUUUCAGCCUCGGCCCGAGGCUCUGCAGUACUUUAACCAGACCACCAAGCAGAAAGAGAUGCUGGAGUUUGCACUGAACUACCUUCAGACUGAAGAUGAGGACGUGGUCGGUCCAGAAGAAACGGCCUCCUCUCGCACAGAGCACUCUGACGCCGAGUUUGAGGGAAUGGGGGACUACGAGGAGUCCUUCCUGGCUGAAUGGUGGCAAGAGCCCCAAACCAAGUGGGACAAUGGGAAGGUCGUAGACUGACAUCUGUCCUCGUCUCCUGAGCGGAGAGCGUCCUCAUCCGGCUCCACCUCUCCUGACGACGUAAACCAAAGAAUGUCGACCUCCCGACAGACACACACCGACAUUCCCAACAGUAUUUAGCACAACGAUAACAAACCAUCAGGGUGCUUUCCCCCAGAAGGACGUUUCCGUCACGUCGAUCAAGAUCAGAGAUCGACAUAUUCACUCGUGGCUGUCAUCAGCCUUUUAAAAGCUUCAUACUGGUCGCUGCCUUAUUCUACAGGUUUUAUUUAAUGGCGGCUGAAUGCCUCUGUGCCGUGUGAUGAGGAAGGUGACUUGUAGCUUUUCUUAUGCGGACCGAUUUGUCAACGAUGUUGAUGUAAUAGUUUGCUCAUAAUUAAAGUAAUAUUUUAAUAUA